GAAUCGCUAUAAAUUUUUCUUUCUCUUUCUUUUUAAGUAGGAGUAUCCUAAUUAAUUUUCAGAGUUUUGCCAAAUCGGGGGAAGUGUUUAUCACUUUAUAGAAGUGAAAGGAGUACAAAGUAUUAGAUGAAUGACCGGAAAAUCUUAGCUCUGAUUUUAUCCUGGUCUACUUUAAAACUUUUUUUUUUUUUUUUUCAGGAGCUGCUUUCACUUUUGUUUUCUGUCCGGGCUUCCCCCGACGUGCUGACAAAGUCACGGAAGUAAGUUUGUUUGUUUGUUUUUAAUCCAGAAGUGCUCCAAAACAGUUGGGACUUUUGGACACGUUGCUGAAGUGAUAACCAAGGCUUUUCCUCUGGUGAUUCCUGCCAGUGGAAUGUGGAAUUACAAUUUCCUGAGGACCCGGUUGGCCCUAAGAGACUCCUGCUUCCCAAGAUGCAGAGAUGGCUCAAAGUGUAACCUCUUCCUCACCAGAGAAAAGGUACUUCCUACUCGCUGCUGGCAAUCUGUUCACUCUGAUGUCUCCAAGGACCAAUUCAGGGAUAGUGAGACUUUUCCGGUCCUGGAUGGUCAUCUUCCACGAGCCUACAGAUCUACUGUGGAAGCAAACUUGAAGAACAGUGAAGCAUGUGCCAAGAGAUAUUCAGAGUUUCUGUUAGCCUCCAGACAAAGAAAGGAAAAGGAUAUUUUCAGGCACAAGAAUAAUAAUCAAAAGCUGUUAGUGCAUGAGCGACUCAAGCUUAUCCUGGACGAUGAGGACUUCCUGGAGUUGUCACCAUUAGCAGGCCAUGACCUACCCUAUGGCACCGUCCAGAAUGCGGGCCUCAUCACCGGAAUUGGGAAGAUCAGUGGAGUUUGGUGUAUGUUAAUAGCAAACGAUGCAACAGUCAAAGGAGGGUCACUGUAUCCAAUUACAGUGAAGAAACAACUUCGAGCCCAAGAGAUUGCCAUUAAGAACCACCUUGUAACUGUGUACCUCGUGGAUAGUGGAGGAGCAUUUUUGCCGUUACAGGCAGACAGCUUUCCAGAUGAAAAGCAUGGUGGUAGAAUGAUAUACAACAUAGCAUUAAUGUCUUCAAUGAAAAUCCCACAGGUAGCAGUGGUAUGUGGCUCCUGUGUAGCAGGAGCUGCCUACAUUUCUAGCCUACCUGAGGAAUGUGUGAUUGUAAACAAAAUUGGAUCUAUGUUUCUAGCAGGACCAGCUUUGGUAAAAGCUGCUACAAAAGAAGAUAUCAGUGUUGAAGAGUUGGGAGGAGCCUUUUUACACUCUCGAGUCAGUGGUGGUGUUGACUACUUUGCAUCUACUGAAGAGGAAGCCUACCACCAGGUUAAAAGCAGCAUUCGCUCAUUACACACUGGAUGUCCACCUGGAGAGCCUUUGGGCUAUGAUGACCCUUUAUACAGUCCAGAGGAACUCAGUGGACUGGCCCCUCAAAGUUUUGAGUCUCAUUUAAAUGUUAAGUUGAUUUUGAGUCGGUUGACAGAUGGAAGUCGAUUCCAUGAAUUCAAGGCAGAAUACGGCACAACACUCGUGACGGGCUUUGCUCAUCUAGGAGGACAUCUCAUUGGAAUAGUGGCAAAUAAUGGUGAAUUGACAUCCCAGGCAUCACUUAAAGGGAGCCACUUUGUCCAGCUGUGUAGUGACAGAAAUGUCCCGAUCUUGUUUCUCCUGAACACAGUUCCGUUGCGUCAGCCUGCGACGAAUCUCUCACAGGCAAAAGAUAUUGCCAUGAGGCUGAGAGCCCAGGCUUCCAUGAUGACCACAGUUGCCUGUGCAGCUGUACCCAAGAUAACUCUGGUUAUUGGUGGCUGUUUUGGCAGUGAAAGCUAUGCUAUGUGCGGGAGAUGCUUUGAUCCCGAAUUCCUGUUCCUUUGGCCCAAUGCAAGGGUUGCUCUGACGGAUGGAAGAUCCUCCUUUGCUCACUUUAUGGAAGGGGAUGAAGCCGUGUAUAUGAGUGAGUUCGAGUUAAAGGAACUGGAGAAACACUUAACAGAAGAAAGCACUGCAUUUUACUCUUCAGCCAGACUGUGGGAUGAUGGAAUAAUACUGCCACAGGAUUCUCGAAAAGUGAUUACAAGGUGCCUCAAUAUAAUUAAACAGAAGUGGCAACAAAACAUGAACUUCCAACAUCAUCAGCCUAUACUCCGAUUUUAAGUAGAAAUCAUAUUUCUGGGUAUUUUAUACUGUUUCUCAAAAGAUUGCAGUCACUACCAUAUAUAAUACUUGGUUGUUAUCAAAGCUUUUAAUAGAUUGUCUAAUCUCUGAA